GAGGUCAUUGAGGCCGGCGAACGGAUUGACGAAAGUGAAAUUCUUGUAACUUUUUUAGGGGUAAUUUAUUGACUUUGAUUGCUGAAUUAUGUUUUCUGUUGUAUUCCGGAGAAUGGGGAAUGUUUCCUCCCGCUCAUCGAGUGGAAUCCGGGUUGCAGCUAGCCGUCAUUUAAGCAGUGAGCAAACAGAGGCUUCCUUUCCUGUUCUUGACUACAAACUCCAUAAGCUUGAGUCUGGUCCCUCUUCGGAAGUGACAGUCACCAGAGAAGAUGCUCUGAAGUACUAUCGCCAGAUGCAGGUCAUCAGACGUCUUGAGACGGCAGCUGGUAAUCUCUACAAGUCCAAGGAGGUCCGAGGCUUCUGUCAUCUAUACUCUGGCCAGGAGGCCUGCGCAGUUGGCAUUGUAGCCGCCAUGAAGAAAGAUGACGCAGUGAUAACAGCGUACAGGGCUCAUGGCUGGACAUACCUCAUGGGCGUACCUGUAGGGGGAAUACUGGGUGAACUGACAGGUCGUCGGACAGGCUGUGCUAAAGGCAAGGGAGGCUCGAUGCACAUGUACACUAAGAACUUCUACGGUGGAAACGGCAUUGUCGGAGCACAGGUACCUUUAGGAGCAGGAAUCGCAACGGCCCUAAAGUACAGCGGCAGCGACAACCUCUGCGUAUCGCUCUACGGGGACGGCGCAGCAAACCAGGGUCAAAUCUUCGAGUCAUACAACAUCGCCAAACUGUGGGAACUCCCCUGUAUAUUCGUCUGUGAGAAUAAUAAGUACGGCAUGGGGACAGCGGUGGAGAGAGCAGCGGCGUCUACUGAUUACUACACACGCGGGGAUUAUGUGCCUGGAAUCUGGGUUGAUGGGAUGGAUGUACUUGCAGUUAGAGAAGCUACAAAAUACGCCGCCGAUUAUUGCAGAUCAGGAAAGGGUCCCUUGGUCAUGGAGGUAGAGACCUACAGGUACAGUGGACACAGUAUGAGUGACCCGGGUACGAGCUACCGUACUCGCGACGAGGUGCAGGAAAUCCGCCAACAGAGGGAUCCCAUCACAAACUUCAGAGAUAGGAUGACCUCCAGUGGACUCGCCACAGCUCAAGAACUAAAGGCUGUUGACCUCGGGGUCAGGGCGGAAAUCGACGAAGCCAACAAUAAAGCCAAGGCCGAUCCCGAACUACCAGUUACUGAAGCGUUCACCGAUAUCUACAGCAACAACGCUCCAUUUCUAGUCCGAGGUGUUGACCCCUAUUCGUACCACCCAUCCCACGUGCAAAAAACAUAAACUGUUAAAACAUAACGUGUAAAAAUAGUACAUAAAGCUGUAUUAAGCCCGGUCCAUACUUCCUGCGAAUGCGAUAAAUUAGGCCCGGUCCAAACUUCCUGCGAAUGCGAUAUGAAUUUUGACGUCACAACUUCGCAACCGUUGAACUGAGUCUAACAUGUCUAACUCCUGCAUAAAAAUUCAAUGCGAAAACAGUGAUGUGAUGUCAAAAUUCGCUUAGCAUUUGUAGGAAGCAUGAGCUGGGCAUUUUUACGGGGAGAACGCUGUGGGUCACAGUGCUAGGCAAUUGAGUGGGUACCUUUGGUGUCAUUAAUACCAGAAAGAUAUUGUCAUAAUAAUCCAUUGUAAUCGGAGUGGGCUUAAUUAUAAAGGUGUGAUGUGUCAUGAUGAUCAGGUCUGGAAUUUCACUGAGGACAUGGCCCUCUGUUGCCCUGGUCUUGGCCCUUCAACAGUUUCCCAAUUCACCCA